UGAAUAAGCGUUAAAGUACUGAUAGAUUGACGUGGAAUGGCUGCUUGCCUCGCAAUAAAUAGUUUAAUCUAAAACAAAAAUGGGUGCGGUGCGGGUAAGGGUAAUGCAACGAAUAAUAUCGUUGGAAUAAGUAGAGCUGGAGCAAGUGAGAUGAGGUGAAUCGGAGAUAUCAGAGCAAGCCAUGAGAGUCAUUCUCUGAAAUACCAGUUCUAAAAAAUGAUUGCGAGUCGGGGCCCUUUUAGGAAAUACUUCUCUACAGGUUUUGCAUCGAAAGAUCAUUACUCCAGCUUCUCGCAAUAUAAUUUUCACCCGCUUUUAAUAUGUAUAUACAUACGUAUGCAGCUGUUGUUAAGCAGCUACAUUUCAGACCCCUAACGGGUUAAUAAGUGUGUUUUGUUUUUAUGGGAAAAGCUUCACUUGCCACCCACUCGAUGAAGUGCUUUCGGGAGCUUUUAUCGCUUUGACUUUGGAUUCAAGUGCAACCGUUAACAUUUCAGCCAUGAAAAUAGUGUUAGACAAACAAAGUCUAGAGCCGGCGGGGGCCUGACAAAACAGACGAACAACUGGUUUUGGCCAAAAGAUCACCCCUUCUCCCCUGCUCAGCUCAGCAAACAUUGAUCCAAUGCUUUUUAUGUCUUGAAUGUUUCAAUUGUAAGGAAAUAACCCAAUUUAUAGGCAAAUAGAAAAUAUUGUCUCGUCAGUUCAACAACAUGAGCCGGCAACUAAAGUUCAAUGUGCAAGUCGAGGAUCCGUCGUCGUUGUCCCCGUCGCAGUGGGAGGAGGAGUUCCACUCAGAACUGGUCGAGAUCAACCUUAAUCCCAACUGCGGCCAGGCCAAGCAGCAGUCGGCCCAAGACCUGGACAAACUGCUCCUGGCGGCCACCACGCCCCCACAUCGCGGCUAUCCCUAUGGUUAUGCGGACAUUGAUCCCGGAACGGAUUACUACUUCUGCAAGAAGUCCAACUCCACGGGUCAGCUGGCCGAGAAGGUCUCACCGCCGGCGCCCGCCGCCACCAACAUCAGUUGCCUGCGGCAGAUGUACUGCCCGGAGUGCCACGAGCGGUUGCACGAGGAGGGGGUGCGUCUGGAGCGACUGCUGACCAUGUGCUGCUUUGCCCUGCUGCCCAUCUAUCCCUGUUGCAUGCGACGCUCCAACAAGGACUGCAAGGUCAUCUGUGGCAAGUGCGGCUAUCUCUUGGGUGCCUGGAAGCGGCAAUGAUGAUGGCUGGUCGAUGGGAAAUGGAGAUGGGGAAGCACUUUAUGUUUUUCGUUUGUUUUAUUUAGUUUUUAAGUAAUUUUGUUGACCUUGGGACGAGAGAAGAUGAUACAUUCCAAAAAAAAACAUUGUUUCGUUUCGCUGAA